GCUUGUACCAGCAACGGCUAACGACCUCAUCAUUAAGCUCCAUCUAAUUAACUUUCCAUCCGCACACUCACCCAUCCCGAUUUCCUCUCUCAACGCCGAACUACGAUUUCUCUAUAUCGAAUACCCGAUAUUCAUAGUUCCUAACUAUCACUUAAUACCUACCUUUUUGAACCCGUAUCGUCAUCAAUACAGACCAUGGCCUCGGACCAGGAACGGGAGCAUGCGCUCCAAGCACUCCGAACCAAGCUGAUCGAGUCGCGAGAAUGGGAAUCGAAGCUCAAGGCCUUGCGCCUGGAGAUCAAGGGAUUAGAGAAGGAGUUUAACCAGACCGAAGAAAAUAUCAAGGCUCUGCAAAGUGUCGGACAGAUUAUUGGUGAAGUCUUAAAGCAACUUGAUGAGGAGAGAUUUAUCGUGAAAGCCUCUUCGGGACCCCGAUAUGUCGUCGGAUGCAGAUCAAAAGUCGAUAAGGCAAAACUAAAGCAGGGAACCCGUGUAGCACUCGACAUGACGACCCUGACGAUUAUGCGAAUGCUACCCCGAGAAGUCGACCCCCUCGUCUACAACAUGUCGCUGGAGGAUCCCGGCCAAGUAUCUUUCGCGGGUAUCGGUGGUCUCAACGACCAGAUCCGAGAACUGCGUGAGGUCAUCGAGUUACCGCUAAAGAAUCCCGAGCUAUUCUUAAGAGUGGGUAUUAAGCCGCCCAAGGGUGUGUUAUUAUACGGACCUCCAGGCACAGGAAAGACGCUGUUGGCAAGAGCUGUGGCCAGUAGCUUAGAGACGAAUUUCUUAAAAGUCGUCUCUUCAGCCAUCGUCGACAAGUACAUCGGCGAGUCAGCGCGACUUAUACGGGAAAUGUUCGGGUACGCAAAGGAACACGAACCGUGCAUCAUCUUCAUGGAUGAGAUCGAUGCCAUCGGUGGUCGGCGAUUUUCGGAAGGUACCAGCGCGGACCGAGAAAUUCAGCGCACGCUUAUGGAGCUACUUAACCAGCUAGACGGCUUCGACUACCUAGGCAAGACCAAGAUUAUCAUGGCUACGAAUCGACCUGAUACCUUGGACCCCGCGCUGCUGCGUGCCGGUCGUCUCGACCGUAAGAUCGAAAUUCCCCUGCCGAACGAAGUCGGCCGUCUGGAGAUUCUCAAGAUCCACGCCCAGAGCGUCGUUACCGAGGGUGAUAUCGACUUCGAGAGCGUAGUCAAGAUGAGCGAUGGCCUGAAUGGAGCCGAUCUACGAAAUGUGGUCACGGAAGCUGGUCUUUUUGCUAUCAAGGCCUACCGGGAUGCCGUCAACCAAGACGACUUCAACAAGGCGGUCCGAAAGCUAGCGGAGGCGAAGAAGCUUGAAGGCAAACUCGAGUACCAGAAACUAUAAGGCAACAGGCAUGGCUAGUGUUUUCGAAAGAGCAUUAAGCUACUUGAAAUAUGUUCGACUCUAGCCCGUAUUUACCAUCAAUAGAUUAGAGGGGUCAGACCGAACAUGGAAAUCAUUACGAGGCGUCGGUAGUGAUCGAUUGAUAGGUAGUUGCUUGGUCCUACCUUUUCCGCAUAAGAUGGACUUCUAGGUAAAGCCCAACCAGCUGCACAUGCAACCUAACUACAACUUAGCCCUCGAUGUACGAUUAUCAAAUAUACAGACGGCAGGCAUGGUCUCACACUGGUAGCCUUGCUAAUAAUAUGAUCAAGGACACGAUCUUAUGAAUACUUUGUUGCGCAUUUCCCUUGCUUGACUUGUGUGUAUCGUAGAGGCACCGACGUAUUAUGUCUAGGUUAUGUACCUAUUCGCCCGUCUA